AUGCUCGACUCGUACUUAGUCACUGGCGGCAAUGGUCUUCUGGGGCAGCACGUCGUACGGCAGCUGCUAGAGCGCGGAGAGAACGCUGUUGCUGUCUUUGACAUCGUCCCCGCCCCACACCCCGACGAACGUGUCAAGGUAUACACCGGAGACAUCACUAAUGGAACCCAAUUCUCUCAAGCUGUCCAAGAUUGCAGAGCAACAUGUAUCAUCCACACCGCUGCGCUCAUCCAGGGCGCGCCGCGGGACGCGAUGUUCUGCGUCAAUGUCACAGGCACCGAGUGCGUCAUUGCCACGGCGAAGGCACACGGUGUACGGAAGCUUGUCUUCACGAGCAGCGCGAGCGUCGUGUUCGACGGACACGAUCAGGCAGGUGUCGACGAGAGCGCACCGUACCCCAAGGUGCCAUUUGACGAAUACAACGGGAGCAAGGCGGCUGCAGAGCGCCUCGUGCUCGCUGCAAACGAGGACAAAGAGGACGGGCUCAAGACUGUGUCCCUCAGAGUUGCAGGGCUCUUCGGGCCGGGCGACCGCCACGCCAUCCCAGGCUUCAUGGGCGCGCUGCAGGCAGGACGCACAGGCAUGCAGAUCGGAGACAACACGAACCUCUUCGACUUCACAUAUAUUCCGAACGCCGCGCUCGCCCACCUGCUCGCGGCAGACCGCCUUGCGCCCACGCACCCGGCGCACGCGCGCGUCGCCGGGAAGUCGUUUUUCAUCACAAACGGCCACCCGCUCCCGUUCUGGGACUUCCCGCGCAUGCUCUGGCGCGAGGCGGGGCACGUCCCCGCGCGCAUCACAGUGCUUCCGCGCUGGGCCGCGAUGCUGAUCGCGGUGCUGAUGGAAGUAUGGUCCUGGCUGAGCGGCCGCCCGCCGGUGCUUUCGCGCUUCCGUGUCGUGUACGUGACCGCGACGAGGUGGUGCGAUAUCCGGGCAGCGCGGGAGGCGCUCGACUACGAACCGCGGUGGACGAUGCAGGAGGGCGUGCGGGAGACGAUCAAGUGGUGGAAAGAGGCAGAAGGAAGCCGGACGAAGGAGCAAUGA